AUGCACGCACGCACAUACCUGUCGCCAAUGCCAGACACCAUCCUCCGACAUCCCAAUGCCUCCGAUGGCCUUCCAGUGCAUGUGCCAUGGCAUAGUCGCGCCAUGUUCCUGGGCUGCGGCUUCGAUUCUCACACCUUGACAUUCAAGCCGUCGUCUCCGUUCUCACACACCGAAGACAUCGCCAUCUUCCACGCGGACCAAGAUGCGAGCGGAAGUUGCGUUCAGGCGUCAAGCAGCCAGAGCAGGCACUCUACCGAACACGUCGACUUGCGAUUCCGAGGCUCGAUUGGGAACGCCAUUGUUGGCGGCUCCGCGCACGGCUCGUACACCAAGUCCGUCUCCGAGAAUGGUGAUUCAGCCAAACUGUCUACGCGUUCAUCUCUGCGCAUUGGCACCAUUCGCAUGAAACAUGUGCCACAGCUUUCCUCAGAGGCCAUCACCAUGCUACAACGAGUCGGCGGCCACGACCAUUUCCUGCAUGCAUACGGCGACUUCUACGUCGCAAGCAUGCUUGUUGGCGCUGACAACGCGCUGUUUCUCUCCUACAAUUCCCACGACUCCGCAAAGCUGGAGGAUUUCAAUGUCAAGAUCGAAGGCCAUCUGCUGGGAGUCGGAGUCGACAAAACUAUCGCAUCACUAGAGAAAGCUGCAGCUGCGGGAUGCGACAUUGCUCUCGAGGCGUUUGAUUCACUAUGGGACAAGACUGAGUCUCAGCAGUUCGCAGCCGCAACUUCACAACAUCCACAAUACGAAGGAAUACGCGACUCUGCCAUGCUAUACGAUGAGGCCGGUAAACUGCUGUCUGCGCGGCUUCGGCAGAAGACGGGUCUGAGCAAUGCCGACCAGGAGUUGAAUAGUCGCGACGUUGUGCGAUUAUCCACAGAAGGCACCAUUGCUGAGAUUGUCUUGUUGCCGAUUCGCAAUCUGAGGCAGUUUGCAGAACUACGAGCUGCUGUUGCUUAA